GUGGGGGGAAUCCCAACAACAGGAAACGGAGCGAUUCUAAUGCUGUUUUCUGCAAGUCCUUCACAGAUAAAGCGGCCGCUUGCCACGUCUCAGCAAAGCAAAAGUGUCAACUGUGUCAUUCCUGCGAGGCGAUAUGCCACCCUUAACGUUUGAGCAUUUAAACGAGUGACGUCACGUCACUUCAGCCCUCAGCCUCCAGUCGUGCGCUCGGUCAAAAUGUGAGCGGAUGCAGCGCAUUUGGCAGAAGAGUGCCGGGGACUUCUACGCGGUUGCUUUUUGAUCCGCAAGCUCGCCCUUGCUCGGGGGUGGGGGGGGUCAUAUGGAUUCAUCGCGACCAUUACAAGGAGCUGCUAAUCAUCUGGAGCGUUAACUGGAACCACAUGAAGAAAAAAGGGACCAAGCAGAAGUCCAAGACGAAAGGAAGUGAAAAUGCGUUCGGCUGUGACCUGAGCGAACAUCUCCAGAACUCAGGACAGGAUGUCCCUCAGGUGCUACGGAAAUGCGCAGAGUUCAUCGAGAAGCACGGGAUUGUGCAUGGGAUCUACAGGUUGUCAGGGGUCACCUCAAACAUCCAGCGACUCAGACAGGAAUUCAGCGCCGAGGCGUGCCCUGACCUUACAAAGGAAGUGUACCUCCAGGACAUCCACUGUGUGGGUUCCUUAUGCAAGCUGUACUUCAGGGAGCUACCAAAUCCUCUCCUCACAUAUGAGCUAUAUAGCAAGUUCACCGAAGUGGCUUCAGUGUGCGGUGAUCAGGAAAGACUUCUACACAUCCAAAAGAUUGUACAGCAACUGCCGACCCCUCACUUCAGGACUCUGGAGUACCUCACCAAGCAUUUGGCCCGCCUCGCCACUUUGAGUGCCCAGACAAACAUGCACACACGCAAUCUGGCCUUGGUUUGGGCUCCUAAUCUACUGAGAUCUAAAACAAUAGAGGCCACAUCUGGUAAUGGAGACAUGGCUUUCCAGGAGGUGCAAAUACAACAGUCGGUGGUGGAGUUCAUCCUAAACCACACGGAGCAGAUCUUCAACAGUGACUCGGCGCAAAUCAAAGCAAAAGACGGGCCGAGUUUGAUGUGCGGGGAGAAAUACGCCACGCUCCCGAUUAGCGGGCAGUGCGGGCCGAUGAAACUGAUGAGUCUGGAAGAAGCCCAAGCUCGUUCCUUAGGUCCAAACCAUCCCGUGCAUAAAGAACGCCAACGAGAGAACAGUCUGCCCAACACCAGCACGGCCACGCUCUACCACACCGUCAUAGAUUUGGACAGCAAGAGAAAGCUUUCUGGGAAAUCCAAGAAAUGGAAAUCCAUCUUCAACUUGGGACGCUCCGUGGACUCCAAGGGAAAACUGAGCCGAAAUGGAAGCGUGUUCAUUCGAGCUCCAGGCUUAACAGAAAAGGCAUCUCUUCGACCAUCCAGAAGCAUGGAGUCGCUGUGUUCCUUGCCAACAGAUGAUGACAGAACUGGAAACAGUCAAUCCGAUGGACAAGGCGGCAUUUUUGUACCAGAUGUCAAAUCAAGAACACUGGGAUCGGAUUCACUUUAUGACUUGAGCGAACACGAGCACAACUGGGAGUUGAAAGGGAAAAAAUCUGCCGGCGCAACAGGUGGAUGGAACGCCGGCUUGAGCGGCUCAUCGGGUGCUUCGGCAACUUCUCAAAGAACACUGCCAGAGCAGCUCAAGGUGUUCAAAGGAGAUGAGCUGAGUGGCUACAAACCCACAUCGCCUAAAAGCAGGAGAAUGCUCUACUCGGGUUCCUCCUAUAACAGCACCUCUCGACCUUCCUUUCCGGGAAGCUUUUUUCCACUGGAGUCAUCGCCGAGACACCAGCGUAGAGCCGUCAACAUCUCGGAGCCUUUCGCUGUCUCGGUGCCCCUGCGCGUGUCGGCCGUGAUCAGCUCCAACAGCACGCCAUGCAGAGGCCUUGCCAAAGACCGAAUGGCUGCAGCAACCCUGAAAGCCUGUCGAGAGACUUCAGAGCAGAGCAAUGGUGGAAAAGGCGGCAUGGGUCCCGAAGCGGAGCCCGACAAGAGAGAUGGAACAGAGAAGAAAAAAUCAUCGGAGCCGACCUCGAACGGACCGCCGGAGGAUUCAAGCAAAGGAGUACGACAGGGAGCUGGGGAAGAGGCGAAUGCUGCAGUGGAAGAUGUUUCAGUUCUGAAUGAGGGCACGGCUCCAGUACACUUGGCUGAGGAACAACUGGACAACCAAAACACGGCUCAACGGGACGAGGGCUUACGAAACGCAGAGGAGCUGUGGUAUGAUGUCCGCCAAGAGCUGAAGAUAACGGAAGCUGAAAGUGACCUCAGCUGCGAUUCCAUUUUACCUAGCGAGAACAAGAGGCUAACUAUGGAUGUUAAAUCAAACAGAAGUCGCAGCUCUCCAUCGCUGUCCAUGUUCUGUAAAGACCAGACUUCAAAGACCUCUCUCAACCAUCAUCAUAACCCCUGCGGGGCUCAGUCGACAAAGAAGCAGCCUUCAGAGUCUGACAUCUUAUUUUCUCUCUAUAAAUAUGAUGCUUGGGUGAACCAAAGUCAAAAACAGGGCAGCCAUGCUCCUGAAGAAACAAACGACAAAAGUCAGCAGAUGUCUCCAAAAAUUCUGCCUUUGAACAAAGACGCAACCAGUGCAGAACAGUGCCGACUCACUUUGAAAGAAACAUGCGUAAAUGAAGUUCCCGGUGACUCUCCAAUAGUCGGCGGCUCCUCAGCAGCGGACGAUGACCAAAGGCGAUUUGGGGAACACGAAAGUCCCAAAGAAGACCAAAACGCCUCGUGUGACAGAGAGAAAAUUCCUGAAGUUAUUUCAAGGUUUUCCGCAUGUUUGGAGGAGAGACCUAAAUCUCUGGAGCUGCCAAUCCAAGACGAUGAUGAAGGAUGCGCAGGAAAUUCUGAGGAGCUGGACCUGGUGGAAUCAUGGGAGGACCUCAGCUCCAACAAGCAGUGGGUCACCAGUCCACUGCACUCACCUGAUGUGGAGGAAUUGUUUCAACAGCAACCCUACGUCAGCUCCCAAGAGGUAACUUUGACCUCGGGCGAUGACCGGACACCGUUUCCUUCAUCCGGUGGCAAACAAUCAAAAAGAACAUCCGUGGCUAAGACCUCGUCAGGAAACAUUCCGCCAACAUCCAGCGGCAAAUGUCCGACUAAAUUGAACAGUUUGCCUUCGAUGCAGGCUAGCAUCAGCACCAGCAACGGGUUGCACGCUCCAACUGGGAAAUGCGGACCGAAAAAACUGAAAUCAUCGCAGCACUUUUACAGACAGAUGUCUUAUGAUUCAGCAGGGCCGGAGAAAAGAGAAGAACACAACCUUGCUAAACACAGACCAUACUCCCUGAAUCUGGACUUGGGGCCUCGAUACAUUCGGGACAUUUCUAAUCAGCAAAGCCGACCUUCAUACGAGUUCUCCUCCUGUACGAGGUGUUCGUCUGGGACUGUGAACAAUGGGCUCCUAUCUGAGUUGGACUUAUUCCUGAAUGAUCGACAGGCACCAUUGCGGCGAAACUCCGCCCCCGUCAGCGUGUCAUCAGUGCGGACUGCCUUCAUGAUAAAGACAUGCCAGGCCAAAGCCGUGCCUGUUGUACCACCAAAGGUGCAGUACAGUCAGAUACCUCACUCGAGGAGAGACGAUGACAUUGAGACAGGGACGGAACAGGACAAGGAAUAUCCUCAAACGAGUACCGAGAAAAGCCACGCUGCACCUCUGCCGGUUAUGUCCUAUCUGAAGGAGGAACUCGAGAAUAAAGAGCCUGUGCCCGAACACCAGUCGCACCCAAAGGUUGAGAAACAAGCGGAGAACGCCAGAACGAGCACAACCGAGCUACCGGCCAUCACCAGGCGACACGCCCCGAGUCUUGAAGUAUUUGUUGACUGUCCCAGACCCAACAGAGCAAACCUUUUGCAAAGGCCCUCUUUUAGGAACCGGCAGAGACCCCAGAGUCUGAUCCUGUUCAGUCCCCCUUUUCCCAUAAUGGAUUACCCUCCAUCGGGUGACGACGGCAAACUUCUGUCCUCCAUCAAGAGCCUGGAUGAGGAGUCAGCAGCGAAAGAGACGUCGGGAGAGGGGAUUGCUCUUCAAAGUAAAAUGACCAUUCCCAAAAGUGGUCAGAGACUCGAAACGUCAACCAGCUGCUUCUACCAGCCACAGAGGAGAUCGAUGAUAUUCGAUAACAGGAACCACAGACAGAUCGAGUAAUCGGGAAGACUGGCUGAAUGUAAAUAACUUACUGAGACGAAUUUGAGAAUGUUGUAAAUCACAGUGAUAGUAUUUUAUAGAAAGCUGUUCUGGGGUGAGGGGGGUUUGAAUGUUUUAUUAAAUUAAGAUUUCUCACUACAUUCACGGAGUAUUUAAGAGAGUGUACAUUUCGGAGAUCUUUUAGUCACUGAGGCGUUUUAGCGGCGACAACAUCCGCGAUUCAGACACGCAAAAGUGCUUUUGACCCCAUGUGUGGUGCUUGAGUCACUUUAGUACAAACCAAUGUUUUUUGAGACUGCCAAUCAGCUUUGGAUGAGCGAUCAAUUACCCGCAGUAUUGACUCUGUUAUAUGAUACUUGAAAACCAAUGAAGGUUAGUUUGACUGGA